AUGCCCCGGAAUCGCAAUCGUGACAUGCCCCGCGUGCCGAUCCCGGUUCCACGGCAAAAUCCACGUCCACCCGCCUCUCUCACGCUUUCCGCGAAACAGAGGCUCGAGCAGGAAUGGAACGAAGCUUGCAAGAUUGUGCACGCGGCGUACGUCGUGAUCGGCGACCGGGAAGAUGAUGCCAUCCCCCAGCUGGACGAUGAUUUCAAAUGGGUCGAGGCGGAAUAUGAGCUCGGAAAUAACGUACUACCCGUCGACGAGGGCUUCCUUAUCUCGUGCACCUGUGGCAAUAUCUGUGAAGACGCCCACACAUGCGAAUGCCAAGAAGAGCUGCCUCUGGAGGAGGAUGAGGAUGGACAGCUGUUAAGGACAUUCGCGUACGAUAAAAACGGCUUAUUCAAAUUCGAUCGUCGGCUCUGGCUGCUUCUGAGAAACGGCGGCGGGCCUUCCACGGCGGGCCUGCUCGUCGUUUAG